GCUCUUAAAAACAGCUGCAACCCAUAUUUUCAAAGAAGCUCUUCUAAAGAGCGGGCGCCUUGUGAAUGAAGUGUGCUUUGGGGAUUCCCUCCAAUUUAGAUUCACUGUGCAGAUCACCAAUGACGGCUUAGCUCUCCAAGAAACAGGUAGAUUGGAUUUAUUGAAGAAUUGGAGUUUUCUUCUGAGAGUGAAUGCAAAAGAACCCUAAAGUGUCAACCUUGAAUUUACCAGUUCAGGUUUCAUCUGAUAUUACAUCAUAAGAGACACUGACCGCAAACCAGGAACAUUUGUGAAGAAUACUGUAGUGCUACAAGGAGGCACCAAGCAGACAUUCCUAGAGAAACAUGGAUGGAGUUGGAAAUAUGACAGUAUCUUCUGCCAGUAAUAUCAUAUGCAAUGACACUAUUGAUGACUUCCGCAAUCAAGUGUAUUCCACCUUGUACUCUAUGAUCUCCGUUGUGGGUUUCUUUGGCAAUGGUUUUGUGCUCUAUGUUCUCAUAAAAACAUACCAUGAGAAGUCAGCAUUCCAAAUAUACAUGAUUAAUUUAGCAAUAGCAGAUCUUCUGUGUGUGUGUACACUGCCUCUCCGCGUGGUGUAUUAUGUUCACAAAGGCAUUUGGCUCUUUGGUGACUUUUUGUGCCGCCUCAGCACCUAUGCCUUGUAUGUCAAUCUCUAUUGUAGCAUCUUCUUUAUGACAGCCAUGAGCUUUUUCCGGUGCAUUGCAAUUGUUUUCCCGGUCCAGAACAUUAAUUUGGUUACACAGAAAAAAGCCAGAUUUGUGUGUGUUAGUAUUUGGAUUUUUGUGAUUUUGACCAGUUCUCCAUUUUUAAUGUCCCCACCUUACAAAGAUGAGAAAAACCAUACCAAGUGCUUUGAGCCUCCACAGGAUAAUCAAGCUAAAAAUUACAUUUUGGUCUUGCAUUAUGUGUCAUUGUUUAUUGGAUUUAUCAUUCCUUUUAUUAUCAUAAUUGUCUGUUACACAAUGAUAAUUUUGACCUUACUAAAAAAUUCAAUGAAGAAAAAUCUGUCAAGUCGUAAAAAGGCUAUAGGAAUGAUUAUAGUUGUGACAGCUGCCUUUUUUAUUAGCUUUAUGCCAUAUCAUAUUCAACGUACCAUCCACCUUCACUUUUUACACAAUGAAACAAAACCUUGUGAUUCUGUCCUUAGAAUGCAAAAGUCAGUGGUCAUAACCUUAUCUCUGGCUGCAUCAAAUUGUUGUUUUGACCCUCUCCUAUAUUUUUUUUCAGGGGGGAACUUUAGGAGAAGGCUGUCUACAUUUAGACAGCAUUCUUUGUCCAGCAUGACUUACGUACCCAAGAAGAAGGCCUCAUUGCCAGAAAAAGGAGAUGAAAUAUUUAAAGAAUAGUGUCAACCCAUCUCCAAUGCAAAUCAAUGAAAAGGAGUUUCCUGAGCAAGUAUUUUCUCAAAUAGUUUACAAUAAAAAUUUAAAAUUCCAUUAACAAUUUA